UUAACACUGCCGAUUAUACGGUUGUACUUGUACCACAAACAAAGACUGUAAAACAGAGAAAAUAACAUUUGAUAUCAGUAGAGAGAUACUGCACUCAAACUUAAGAGUGUCAGGCUUCGAUCGCGUUUCUGACGAGUAUUACUCGCUUCCAGAUCUUACCACGUGUCAUUCUGUGAUCUGUAGAGGACUGGAAUUAAUAUGAUACAAAGUCUUACCAUGCACCGUACCGCACAUUAUAAAUUGUCUAUAUAAUUUAUUUAUUAAUUUUAAUAUUUAUAAACGUGCUGAUAAACAAUCUCGCAUCGAGCCUCUCACCCCCGCCCCUCUCAAAUCCUUUCGUCUCUCCAAUCAAACAAAUUAGGGUUAGGGUUCCCAUCUCCGCCGCCAAUCAAACGAUGACAGGCAAGGCGAAGCCGAAGAAGCACACGGCGAAGGAGCUCCAGGCGAAAGCCGACGCAGCGCUGACCAACAGAGGAGGAGGUAAAGCUGGGCUCGCCGACCGGACCGGGAAGGAGAAAGGAGGCCACGCGAAGUACGAGUGUCCUCACUGCAAGAUCACGGCGCCUGAUCUGAAGACGAUGCAGAUCCAUCACGAGUCGAAGCAUCCGAAGCUGCCUUACGAGGAGCCGAAGAAUCUCCACGAGGUUCUUGCUGCUCCUGAAUCGUCCAAACCUAAACCUGGAAUCAGAGGAAGCCUCAAGAAGUGAUCUUGGUGAUUUGUAUCGAUUUCCUUUUUUUAAUUUAUAAAAUUGUGAUCUUUAUUUUGGGUUUUCUAUGUGAUAAAAUGAAAAAAAACUGCAACGAUGCUUGCUAUUAUAUAAAAAGGUUACUGAUAUCUAUUAUGAAUCUUCUGUUUUUAAUUAUGUAUUGUUUUAUAUUUAGCUGAAAAUUCUCUCA